AUGAUCUCAAAAACAGAAGAGCCCAAGUGGCAGCCCCUGUCCAUUGCAAUCAUCGGUGGUGGUAUCGGUGGUCUGGCGGCGGGCAUUUCCCUUCGUCGCAGCGGACACACUGUCACAAUCUACGAGCGUGCCGACUUCGUAGGAGAGGUUGGCGCCUCCAUCUCAUGCGCAGCUAAUGGCACUCGCUGGCUUCAUGAAUGGGGCGUCAAUGUCGAGAUGGGAGACCCCGUUAUCCUGCGCAAGCUGAUUAACAGAGACUGGAACACCGGCGAAGCCAUGAACGUUUAUGACCUGGCAGAUUAUGAGGAGAAAUGGGGUCAUGUUUACAAUAUGUUCCACCGCCAGUACAUGCAUGCCAUGUUGAUGGAGAGCGCUGUUAGCGAGAAAGGCGAAGGAACGCCUGUGAAGAUUGUGGUUAACCACAAGUGCACUGAUAUUGAUGUUGAGUCGGGCCUCGUAACCUUUGAAAACAAGGAUACCGCUCAACACGACGUGGUUAUUGGCGCUGAUGGUAUUGGCUCAGCGGUCCGUGGUAUUAUUGGCAUUCACCCAGAAAAGACACCAUCCUCUUCUAGCUGUCUGCACACCAACGUCACCACCGAGGAGGCCGUUGCCCUUGGACUUGUCGAUUACUCCCAGAACAGCGCCAUUGAAUACUGGGGCGGACACGGUACACCCAAUAAGAUUGUUUUGUCUCCUUGCAAUGGAGGCAAGCUUCUUUCUUACUAUUGCUUCUUCCCAAGAGAAAAGGGUGACUACGCGACCCAGAAGUGGGACGCGGAAUCCACUGUGGAAGAAUUACUGGCACCCUACCCAGACUUGGACCGCAAUGUAUUCAAGCAUUUGAGUAUUGGAAAGGAUAUUCGCCCAUGGCGAUUGUGGGUACACAAGCCUUAUGAAUGGUGGCAGAAGGGAGUCGCUUGUGUCAUGGGAGAUGCCGCGCACCCGAUGAUGCCGGAUCAAAGUCAAGGGGCUUGUAUGGCUAUUGAAGACGCAGCAUGCCUUGGCCUCGUAUUUAGCAAGGACCAUUUCCGAGGCGAUAUUCGUCAGGCUUUGGAAGUAUACGAACAGACUCGCAAGCCGCGAGCAACCAGAGUCCAGGCAGCCUCCCAGCGAGCUAGGGAAAACAUCUAUGAACGAAAAUUCUACAAACCAGGGAAUUCUGACUGUGAUCAAAAUGGGCGAACAGGAUUCUCGGACAAUACCAACAAUGCGAGAUAUAAGGUCCAAGAUGAGAGCAACAAGCUGACCAUUGAAGAGAUGAAUGGGUAA